UGCAAGCGUGGAACGUGUACGGUUUUGCUAUAUGACAAAAGAACACAACUCGCGUGGCACGCUUCUCAUGUGUUCCCCAUUUUAUAAUCUCCACCAGCAGCUGCUCGCCACACGCCUUCCUCUUCUUACAUACUCUUCUCCAACUUCCCUAAUUUUAUUUUGCAACUCUCAAAUCAUUCCCAAGAACCAAAGAGGUUUUGAAUGUUAGUGCCGUACACAUUUUACCUGGAGAGAGGCAGAAGUGCAUAGCUCAUGGGGCUUCUUACAAAAUUUUGUUCUUGCUUUGGUGAACAAAUAAAUAUUAUAUAUAUGGGGAUUAGAUGCUGUUUCCAACAAAACGUUCUGAAACAAAGAGUUAAUUUCUUUUAGGAUUCUGCUUCUCAUGAGUUAACUCAAUUUAAUCAAUGAAUGACGCUGGAUUUAAACAGUACAACUUGUAUUCUGCUGUUUAAUAGCAAAAAGUAGGAAAAUGGAUUGUAAAGUAGUGAUCAGCACUCUCCUGAGUUUAUGAAGUAUACCGUGCUGGCACAACAAUUUAGUUACAUUCGAAUGAAUUCAGCUUGAUUGUAACACCUUGGUCAUGUUGCUCGUCCAUCUUUGAUCUACUGGGUAUCUUAUCCUAAGCAUAAUACCUUUUCUUUUGUCCCCUUUUCUCCUUUUCAUAAGACGGCCAGUAGCAUUUCUCAUUGACACCUACAAGGUGGACUGAAAUUAGAGAUGGAUACAGAAAGUCCUGCUCCAAUACAUGAAAAGGAUACUACAGCUGCGGAGACUUCGCUAGAUAGCUCUCAUCUUGGCAAGAAGAAUCAGAAGAAAGCCCCAAAAAGAAUACAUAAAGCUGAGAGAGAGAAGCUGAAGAGAGAGCAUCUAAAUGAGCUUUUCCUUGGUUUGGCUAAUGCUCUUGAACUAUCUGAGCAGAUGAAUGGAAAAGCCUCCAUCUUGAAUGAAGCUGCUCGAUUUGUAAAGGACAUACUUUCUCAGAUCAAGCAUCUGAGGACAGAAAAUACAACUUUGCUGUCUGAAUCUCAAUAUCUGAGUGUGGAGAAAAAGGAGCUUCAGGAUGAAACUUCAGCUCUGGAGGCUGAAAUUGGCAGACUGCAGAAUGAGGUCAAAGCAAGGGAAGCCAAGACCAAUCUCGACCUAAAUCUAGCUCCUCCAGAAAUUCAGCACCCAGAGUUCGCCUUACAAAAUAAUUAUAUGAGAUUACCUGCUUCAGCACAUGCGUUUCAAGACUCACAAAUUAUGAACCCUGCUUAUGUCUUUCCCUUUAGUUCUAAUCCCCAGGUUCAUCUAGCGCCCGAUGCUACAAAGUCCACAUCUACACCCACAUCUACUGUGAAGAAACCACAGGCCAGAUAUCCCACUCCAGCUGAUGUAUGGCCUUCCCAAAUCUUUGAAAAGCGGCCUCGGUUAUUAGGACAGGAAGUUCAAGAUGGUGCAUAAUAAUGUUAGUCUAGAAGAAAUGAGGCAUCCGUAGAAUGACAUGUAUAAUUUGGUUCUAUAGAUUUAUAGCCUAUUUGGCCAAAAGUGCUUUUUUUUGG